CGGUCGUGUAACGAGCGUUGUCUGUUGUGCGCGUUCAGUGAGUUCUGUUUAUAUUAUACACUUCCGAACCCCAUGGACAUGUGCGACUCGGAUGACUGCUUAAAUUGUGAUUGGUGCUAUCGUCGUGGUUAUUGAACGAUGAGCGCUCGCAGCAGCAGUCGAAUCAAAAGUCCCGUGGGAAGCAGGUGCCACUACAUACUGAAACGAUGUAUGGCCAUCCAUCUGCAGAAACAGUCACUCGUUCAGUAUGUCCCGCAACAAGCGGAAACUUCGCCGUACUGGAUGUACGACAACGGGUACCUAAUAUUCCAGAGCUUUUUGGAAUCAAAUCUAAAAUGUGUCUGGAAUCGAAGUCUCGUGGAGGCGAUGCAAGUGGUCAAAUACGAGGGAUACGUAUCCCCGGGAGUAUUGUUGCUCACCGGUGAUCCGUGCUCCAUGGAGGUAAUACGAGGCGCCUGGUGUCGUAAUGUACUCAGGCCACCUAAUAGUUACGUGAUCACUAAAAUCGGUGACGUGGAAGACUGUGUGGUGGAGGAUUUGAACCAAGGACAAUUUACGCCGUUAUCCGAAGCCCUAUGCCUGGUCAUACUAGAGCUAACCAGCGCAAACCAAAAUGCCACAAUUGACACUGUGCGUUCAGCCCUUAAAAUAUUUUUCUCUAACAUACAACCGCCGGCCGAACACAUUAUCUACGACGCAAUGGUCAAUCUCAUGUCCGAUAAUAAGUUGUUAUUACUUGUAACUUCGAUUUGUAAUUCGGACGAUAAAACUCUUUCGCCCAGGCGGAAUGCAUCCAGUGAGAGACUGGGUAGGCGCAACUCGUUCAGGUCAAACUCAACGUCCCGUCGCUUACAGGCCACUUUGCAACGGAGCGGUUCGAUGAGACAGAUAUCGAACAAAAACAAAACGGACGAAUACUACGGUGGUGUGACUUCAGAGCCGAAAAARUCGCCKGGUAUUUUUUCGAGACUUUUCGGCAGUCGCAGAUCGAACUCCAAAUCCCGAAAGUCCAACAACUAUUGUUGUGCCACUCAAUUCCCUCCGGACGAAUGGUUCAACAAAAGCGUACAAUCACAACACUCGAUCUCCACACAAACGGAAAAGGACGAGGACGACAGUAAGUCGAAACAACAGUGGCCGGCCGCGAGGUUGACGAGGAGCGCGACGUUGCCGAGGAAAUCGCGUACCGUCACGGCGGGUUCAUCGUCRUUGGCCUGCAGCAGUGGCGUCGACGGUUGCGGCGGCUGCCACGCCGACAAAACCCCAGCUGCGGUCAAAAAGGCGUACCCUUCGAGCGGUUCUUCCGGAUACAACUCGCUGCCCCGGAUGAACGGUGGCCGGAAGUCGGGCUGCAUCAAGAACUCGCCGUCGUCAGAGCUGUCGUACAAGAUCGCCGCCGGAGCGGCCAAAGCGGAAACUGGCGACGCGUCUUGCAGCAAGCCGGACACGCCGACCGGAAACGGCAGCAACUUCGAUUCGAGUUACAGCUGCGACGAGAUAUCCGUCAACGACUCGUCCAUCACGCUCACGGUGGUCGCGACGCCGCCCGCCAAGCCCAAGACGGCCGCGGACUUGCGUCGCGAAUACUUCCGAGGCCUGAGCAAGUACGGUACGUCCGCGGCCACCAGCGGAAGCAGCAGCACCGCCGGUGGCGUCCGCGGUAAAGACCACCGACAACAGCAACAGCAACAGCAGCUGCAACAGAAACAGUACUUCAACCGCAGCGGCGGAAGCGGGCGCGACAAACAGGCGAUCGCCGCGAGUCUGCACAAAUACCUCGACAACGCGUGUAAAAUUAAAUGACGGUAUAUACCUAGUUCACUGGAACCUUCUCUACACCACGCAACCAUCACCGGUUUUUCUUCUUAUAACAUCAUCUUAAUAUAUUAUAAUAGUUUUCCGUUAUUAUUUAAUAUAAUAUUAUUAUUUCUUUUUGGACGACCAUAAUUUGCAUCGUCGUUAUAUAUAUAUAUAUACUAUACGACAUAUUAUAUAUUUAUGCGUAGGUAUAUAUCGUAUACAUAUGCAUGAAUAAUAUAAUAUAUUAUAAUAAACAUUAUAAAGCAAACAACUUAUAUCAUACUAACACGACGUAUAUUAAUAAUUUUCAUGAAAUUAUUACUAUGCAUAAUUUACAGGCAUACAUUAUUAUAGUAAGUAUACACAUAUCAUUAUAUUAAUAUAUAAUAUUGUAUACGGGCUGUUAUAAAUAUUCGGCUGUGCGCAAUAGCAAAUUAUAAAAAGGUCAACAUUAUUGUAAGCUCAGUCCCGAUCACGAUGAAUACAUAGUAAAAAUUGAUGUGCAAACUAAGUCACGAUUUUUUUUAACCAUGUAUGGGUUUAAGCUGGGGAAAAAUAAUCGGAGACGAAUGUGCAAUCCAUCUUUUUAUUCUCACCUAUUAUAUCAGGGCCAAGUUUACAUUUUCCUGUCAGAUAUACUAUAUUUUAUAGUAUAUAUUGACACAAACAGUUUUUAAAUUAUAUAUUUUAACCUACUAUGAUCCAUCUAU